AUGUGGAGAGUUACGGAGAACAAACAGCAGCAAGGCUUCUCUCCUGACACCAGCCAGUCACUGACCAAUCCCUGCUCAGAGCAGACUAACACUCCAGCUGAAGAGAUGCUGAGGAGAAAGUACCUGGAGUCUGGAACUGUGCCGUCCAGGACGACCGCCAGCGUGGACCAGAAUCCGGUGUGGAAGCUCCAGCUUUGGACCCGUGAAGCCCCCCCGCAGCCCGGCGACACAGACGGACGAGCCGUAGUUCCGACGGACGGAACCGGCCCCAUGCGCAGCGAGGCAGCGUGUAGAAGCUCCGUGGUCCGGCACCAGGGAGCCGGCCCUGAAAGGGAGGGAGAGUCGGACGGCAGCGGGCAAAGGGAGAUACCGCCGGCGUUACCGAGGGUCACAGGGAUGUACAGUAAACACAGGCAGAAAACUGCCCGAAUAUCACCGGAUAAAUGUAGACGCCUGCUCGUUUUUCUGUCUUUUAUGCUGCUGGGCGGCGCGCUGGACAGAGCCCGCGGAGAACCGGGAGAACAAGGGCUGCGCGGAGGAAAGACAGCGACGGCGCGGUGGCUUUCUCAAGGCCGGACCAAGAGGGAGGCGGAGACCACACCAAAGGAUGAGCAUCCAGUCAGCGGGGAAAUAUUGGUGUCAUCCAACGACGUCCAAAUGGUGCUACAAGUGCAACGUAAUCAUGGGCUUCUGGUUCCAGACUUUACAGAGACCUACUACUCAGAAGAUGGGCAGCAAGUGACCGUGAGCGAUCACAAUUACACGGUAAGUCGCAAACAACAGAAUUAG